CGGUUUUCCGUUUGUACCUCUCACUCUUCUUCACCACUCUCCUUACACUAUCGUCGUCUCUCUCGCUACUUGCACUGGACGCUGUCUACGCACAACGCUAGACACUACACACGCGCACGCACAAUGUCGACAUCUCCCCCGCCUUCCCCGCUCUUCUCGCGUUCAUCCUCCGGCUCGUCGUCCGGGCACGGCUACAUCCCUCUUGGCGUGCCUAAGGUCGCGAAGCUGCUUGUCAAGAUGCGCCGGCACCGCUCCAAGGCGAAGGCGCACCACAUCGAGUCCUCGUCCGGGCCCGCGCCACUCACUCACCCUGCACUAAGGGGCGACGGCGCAGUCUCACCCCAGAGGGUUCCGCUCGAGGAGAACGUGACGUUCGUCUGUCGGGAUGGCGUGGACGUUGCGAAGCUGCUGAGGGCGGCGAGGGCGUCGCUGUACCAGAAGGCGGUAGAGGUUGGUGCGAAUGUUCUGGUGGACGAACAGUGGUCAUGUACGAUCUGCGGGCCUAGGCAUCGGUCGGACGGGACGUUCAGAGUCUACGUCCGUUACUCCGCAUGCGGCGCACGCUCGGACAAGCGCGACCCUCAACGGCCGGUCGCGCUCGAGAACGUGCGGGACGUCCCCGGGCUCAUGACCAUUGUCAGCAGGCUUGAUUGACUGCUCAACACUCUUCUCCCUGCCCUCUCAUCUCAUCUCUCGAUUCACCUUUCAUCUCAUCGUUCAGACCAUCAGUAAUAUAUUCGCCAGCCCAGUCAUCCCUGCUGCAUGCAUCUCUCAUUCCACCAACGUUUCCUCAUCUCUACGCCACGACCCACGGACCUUCGCGGACGUUGUACAUCAAAAUCCGGAUAUAACGUAUUCACGGGCAGACAUCCCUAUUCCCCUUCAUUGUAUCACCACCACCACCACCACCACCACCACCACCACCACCUACGCUUACUGUCCGUCCACGUACGACUCGCCGUAAUUAGUCGACUUACGAUACGCGUGUACAUCAUUGUUCGAGCCAAACACUUUUCUUUUCAUUCUCCAUAUCGAAUUCUCUUUAAGGUCACGCAUUGCAAGAGCAUCACGUUCGUUUCCCCCC